AUGUUGUGUGCAUCUAUUCGAGAAGAAAUUGAGUUUAUUAAUAAACAAUUACUAACAUUUAGUUUAUUUAAUCCACAUCAAAUAUUAUCAGAAUAUAUAUCGAAAGAAUCAGCUGAAUUUCUUUGGUUUCAACUUUUUAGUCAUGUCCUUUUUCGUCUACCACAUUAUCAACAAACAAAGAACCAAAUGAUUUAUAUGUGCCAACAAUAUUAUCAUGAUAAUUUGAGAGAACAAAGAUUAAUCGAUGAAUUUGAACGUGAAUAUCGUUCAGAAGAAGCUAUUCGUUGGUAUUUAAAAAAAUCAUUUAUUUCUAAAUUGAUGACUAAAGGAUUGAGAACUCAAGAUAUUGAUCAAUUACAUAUGAUUCGUUUCUUUAUUGGUGAUUUAACAGAAAAUAUCGCACGCGAACAUCAGAAGUUUCUAUUGUCAAAUGAACAAAUCCUGAUCGUUUAUCGAGGAACAAAACUAACAAAAAAAGAAUUGAAGAAAUUAAAAAAAAAUGAAGGUGCACUUAUCUGUAUGAAUGAUUAUUUGUCUGCUAAUCGGCAUCGUUCAUCAGCUCUUGAUGUAGCUAUGAAACCAACCAAACGAAGUGAUCUAAUCUCAGUAAUUUUCGAAAUCGAAUGUAAUAUUCGAGAACUUGGUGAAAAUAUCAUCUUUGCUGAUAUUUCUCAAUAUAGUGAAUAUCCUGAUAGACAAGAAGUAUUAUUUGAUGUAAAAACUACUUUUCGAUUGAAAAAUACUCAACGUCUUGCACAAGUAUGGUUAGUAAAAAUGAAUGCAUCAAAUGAUGGACAGAAGAUUGUUACAGAUUAUCUUGAAGAAAAAUAUCUCAAAACUGAAGAAAAAAGUAUGUAUAUUGUUUUUGGACGUUUAAUGUGUAAUUUGGACCAGCAUGACAAAGCACAAAAGUAUUUUGAAGGAUUAUUACAUGAUCGUAAUAUAGAAAAUCUCGCUUGGAUCGAAUUUAAUCUUGGUCGAAUUCUUGACUUUAAAAGUGAAUGGAAAAUUGCACAAGAAUAUUAUAAUCGUGCAUAUAAUCGAACGAUGAAUGCUGAACCAUCAUGUUGGAAAGAUGCAGUAUAUAUGCUUAACAAACUUGGUACUAUCUUACAUAAUCAAGGAAAAAAUGACGAAGCUCUUGAUCAUUAUCAACGAGCGUUGAAAAUACAAGCAAAAUUUAAUUCUUCUAAUCUUAUCGAUAAUGCUCAAAUUCUUAGUAACAUUGCUUUUAUUCUGAACGUGCAAGGAAACACUAACGAUGCUCUUACCUACUAUAAACAAGCGUUGAAAAUAUUAAAGAAAUAUCAUUCUUCUAAUCCAAUUGAUCUUGUUCGCAAUCUAAACAACAUUGGUAAUAUUCUAUAUCAAAAUGGAAAUUAUGAUGAAGCCGCUAAUCAUUACCAGCAAGCACUAAACAUACAACAGAACAUAUACCCUAGUGAUUACAACAAUAUUGCUCAUAUUCUUAAUAAUCUUGCUCUUAUCUUAAAUAUACAAGGAAAGUACAACGAAGCAUUUGAACUCUGUCAACAUGCACUUAACAUGCAACAAACCAUGUAUUCUCCUGAUCAUAUUCGCAUUGCUGGUAGCCUCAAUAACCUUGGUCUCAUACUGUAUAAUCGUGGAAAGUAUGAUGAUGCAUUGCAUUAUCAUCAACAAGCCCUUAUAAUACGAAGAAAGUAUUAUCCGUCCGGUUCUAUUGAUAUUGCUGAAAGUCUCAACAAUAUUGGUAACAUUUUAUAUCAACACACUGAAUAUGAUCAAGCUCUAGACUAUUAUAUACAGGCACUUGAUAUACAAGAAAAGUUUUAUCCACCUUGCCAUAUCGAUAUUGCUCUAUGUCUUAAUAAUAUUGGGUGUGUUCUUGAUCGACAGGAGAAAUAUGAUGAAGCCUUGCAUUAUCAUCAACAUGCACUUAAAAUACAACAGAAAUUAUAUACUUUUGGUCAUCCGGAUAUGGCUUAUAGUCUUAAUAACAUAGGUAAUCUUCUAUAUCAACAAGAAAAGUAUGCAGAAGCUCUUGAUUACCAUCAACAGGCACUUAAAAUUCGAGAAAAUUGUUAUCCUUCUUAUCAUGUCGACAUUGGUGAUAGUUUGAAUAAUAUCGGAAUGACUUACACACAUAUGCAGAAAUCAAAAGUACCUCUUGAUUAUUUACAGUACGCUUUGGCCAUAUAUAAGAAAAUUUUACCAUUGAGACAUACCAAUAUAGAAACAGUUAAAAGAAAUAUUCGUUGUAUUACUGCAAAAAAGUAA